AUGGCAACGACGAAUUUUCUUCUUCACGAGCAGGCUGGUUCGUUUCCAACUAUAAGAACAGGGCAGCGACUUUUAAUGACGGGCUGUGAUUUUCUUGCAAUGACAGCAACUGGGUCUAUGUUAAAUGGCAAUGUUGAACAGAAGGCAGCAACUGGGUCUAUGUUAAAUGGCGAUGUUGAACAGAAGCAACAAGGACUCAUUAUAAUUCCAGUUGAAUGUGUUACAAGUUACAAGGUCAAGUGGGAGAUCAGAAACAGGGUUGAGGUGGUGGGUAAUUUGGUAAUCCCUGUUAAGAAAGCGGUGGAUUGCAUCGCAUAUGUAGUGGUGAACCUUAACUUCUUGGGAAGCUCUCAAGGGCCAAGAGAACUUACGGGUGCUGUGGAUCUUAUAAAUCACUACAAGUUGUUGCCUCACCACGAUUUCUUCUGCAAGAGAUCACUUCCAUUAUCAAUUUCAGAUACACACUACCUUCACAAUGUGGUUGGAGAUACAGAAAUUAGGAAAGCUCAUUCAGAAUACACCCCUUCGAGAGAGACAAAUGCUCGCAUACAACCUUUUGACUUAGAUGUCCUCAGAGAAGCCUUUCAACUGAGGGAAACGACUACAGUUGAUUUGUCCCCUUCAGAGAAGGGUAUUCCCACUAUAGCUGGAAAAUCUAAAAGCGACUCUAAGUACAAGGAGAAGAAGCAUAAAAAGCACAAGGACAAAGACAAAGAAAAGGAUAAAGAGCAUAAGAAGCACAAGCAUCGUCAUAAAGAUCGAAGUAAAGACAAGGAGAAAAAGAAAGAUAAAAGUGGUCAUCAUGAUUCUGGUGCUGAACAUUCAAAGAAACACCAUGAGAAG